GCUUCUUCUUCCUUCUCUACCAAGGAAAAUUAGAACGCACUGUUCUUCUCUCUCUCUCCCUCCCUCCUCAAAACCCAUCUCUCUCUCCACCAGUAAUCCUCCAUUGAUUGAAAAAGGAAGUUGUUUUUUUCAUAAGACCCAGUUGAGUAGUAAUCAUCAUGAAGAUAAAGAGCAAGGGUAAAGUUUACCCAUCUCCAAACCCAUCUUCUUCUUCAAAUGACAGAGAAGUUCUCUCUGUUUUGAAGCUUCUUCCAGCUGCUAUUCUGGCUUUGGCUUCAGUUCUCUCUCUCGAAGACAAAGAGGUCUUAGCUUAUAUGAUUACCAGGUCCAUGAAAACUUCUUUUUCUUCUUCAUCUUCUUCGGUGAGUCAAGAAUCUAAGAAGAAAUCGUCUAAAAAAGGUUCUAGCAAUAACAAUAAUAAUGGGCAUAAGACUCCCAUGUUCGAUUGCGACUGCUUCGACUGCUAUACCAGCUACUGGUUCAGGUGGGACUCCUCCCCUAACCGCGAGCUCAUCCACCAAGUCAUUGAGGCCUUUGAGGACCACCUCACUCACGGUGAGAAGUCCAAGAAGAACAACGGCCGAGGCAAACGGCGGGACAAGCUCGGCCGCCGUGAUCAUCCCCACCUGGUCCAAAACCCAUUAGUACUCCCUGAUGUUCCGUCGCCGCAACCACCGUUGCUUCCAGUGCCGGAGGAGAAGGUUCAAGAAAGUCAAAGCCCGCCAUGUGCUGUUAUUCUCGAAGCUCCGCUGAAAAAUAACGAAGAGCUCAAAGAGGAGAACGAAAACGACACCGUCGAAGAUGAACAGGAACAGCAGCAGCUCACGGAAGUGAGCGAUGCCGUGGCGGUGGCUGUACGGACAAUGACGACGGCGAAUGACCACAAGGGUUUGGCUAGAAAGGUAUUGCCGGACGUGUUGGGGUUAUUGAAUUCUCGUUUGUGGAGCCUUUGGAGUCCGAAUGCUUAAAGUAAAUCUUUUUUAUUUUAUUUUUCUAAAAAGGAAAAAAAAUUAUUCCCUUUAUUAUUAUUUUCAAGCUCAGAAACAAAAAAAAUAGUAGUGUUAAUUUUUUCUUCUUUUUUUUGGGGUGGAAGGGGUGGAAUAUAAGACAUGGUACCUCUCGAGGGAAACUUUCUCUUUAAUGCUACCACUUUUUAUUA